AUGAAUAUGACAGACAUUUUUGACAAAAGGAAACUUCCUUUGAUAGAAAGAAAAAUCAGAAUUGCAGGACUGACUCCUGUAGACUUCAAUAAGAAACAAAUAUCACAAAUAUCUCGACCUCAGUCAUCUGCUAAUAAAUGGUCUCCAAGACAAGCCAGACAUAUAAUGACUCCAAGUAGCCAUAUUAGAGCAGAAUCCUUAGAAUAUUCUACGAUCAGAGUGGGCCAUCAUGCAAGAUUAGAAUACUUCGACAAUUACAGAAACUUAAAUACAAUAACUCAUAAUAAGCACUACAAGCUCAUUUCAGAAACUCCUGAAUUUGCAUAUCUAAAUGAAAUAGAUAAAGGAAUGUUGAAUCCUAUUCCUUUUGGGCUUGUAAAAGCAAAAGGACCGAGCGAUUCCAUUGAUAUUCAUAAUUUCAGCAUGGGUGACAAUUAUGCUAACGCAUUUUCAGAAGGCAUUAGCAAAUUGGAAGAAAUAAAAUUUUUGAACCUUAAAGAAAAUAGACUUUCAGGGAUGGCAAGCAGUAGAAUUGUUUCAAAAUUAGAGAAAAAAAGAACUAAAAAGAUUGUGCUUUCUGAUAAUUCCUUAAGUGUUGAAAAAAGAAAUAAAAGUGAUAUUAAUGGAAAUUGGUUUCCAAGGCGGACUCCCUAUUGAGCAGGUAUGCCCAUCCUGAUGAGGCUAAAAUAGUUCCAUUGUUACUUUUCAAGUAAGCCUUCAGGGUUGGGAAAGCUAUGCCUAAAAAGGGAAUUUGGUUCUCCUCCGAAUCUUUGACAGAUGGGCUAGACAGAUUCUGCCUACUGCAUGGUCUUUUUCAUCGGGGCCAUCGAAGCGCCAAGCCGGAAAUCCAACAGCCGAUUUUUUGGAAGAAGGAGGGGCGAUGGUUAGUGAGUUUGCCUACUUAUGGUAGGAUAGCCCUAAUUCCUUAGGAGUUGAUACUAUAAAUUCAAUUGUGAAACUGCUUAAUGAGGAAUAUUCAAUUUUAAGCCACCUUGAGCUAGAAAACACAAAAUUAGGAAAGAAAGGCAUAGAAAAGCUUUGCCAAUGUCUAUGUGACAAUAAAACUCUCAUAAAAUUAAAUCUAGCCAGAAAUAGCAUUGGGGAUGAAUCUGCAAAGGAUCUUAAAGAUUUGCUUAUCGAAAAUCAGUCCCUCAAACAUCUAGAUCUUCAUUGGAACAACAUAAAACCUAAAGGUGGUCAUGAAAUCUUUUCUGGUCUCUCUCAAAAUGAGUCUUUACUUCAAUUAGAUCUGUCCUGAAACUCCCUUGGCAAAAGUUCUAAUUUAGAAACAGCAAAAAUAAUAAGUGAUUUUCUUAAGACAAACACUAGUCUUAUUCAUCUGGAUUUUUCAUAUAACUUAUUCACUCCUCAAGAAUGCCAAGCCAUAUCUGUAGGCCUCAGCCAGAACCAUACACUUCUUGGAAUCCACAUGCUUGGGAAUUCUUGCUCGAUUGAUGCCAAAGGAUUUAUAAUUCUAACAGACAGUUCUGAUAGAAUUUCAAAGACCCAUGGCUUCAGGAGGAUCAAUGAUUCAUUUAAGCAUAAAAGCAAAUUAUUCGGAACAAAUUGCUGGAUAUGUGAAGAAUGGGUUGACUUUAAAUUUAUUUGGAAUAGCGAAGAUCCAAACUGCAAAGAAAUUUUCAUUCAUUUAGAAUGCGAUGGCUUUAAGCCACAAGCUAUGCAUAAGGUUAACGAAAGCUUAUUUGAAAUUGCUAGAGCUAUCCCACCACGGGAAUUUCGCUUUUUCUUCAGUAAUAGGCAAGGGCCAGUUUUAUCAACUAACAUGCCAGCAUUUGAAUUGGAUUUACCGUUAAGCGUCCAAAUAAACAAUCAGCUAUAUGAAAUUUCAUUAGUCAAUACUAUGAGCCCAUCAGGCCCUUCAUGCAAUAUCAAACAGCCAUUUGCUAUAAAGCCACGCAUAGAAGAAUCAAAACAAGAAUCAGUAGAAGAGCUUCAAAGAAUUGUUUGGUCAAUUCCUAUCAGCUUAUUUAAAGAAUAUACAUUUGACUCUGAACAAUUAUACACCCAAGGCUUUGAAUUUGAUUUUAAGCACACGAGAAUCCCCAAGUUUGUUAAAAAUCCUGAAACAUUGGAGCUUUUGAAAACCCAGAUGAAGAAGUUUUAUAAAGAUUUCAGAGAAACCUAUCGAUUCUUGUCAGCUGUUUGUGGGAAUGAAGUGUUUUCUAUUGGCUCUAAUGCUUUUAUAGACUUUUUAAAUCAAUGUGGCAUAUUUGAUAAAUACUACACAUUGAGUGAUGUCGGUGUCAACUGAAAUUCUGUUAAUGCCCAACAAAGUUCUGAUCAACUUUAUAAUUCAGGAAAUGGACUAUGCAGAUAUGAAUUCAUGGAAAUACUAGUUAGAAUUGCAAAUGAUAAAUAUGUGAGAAACAAAAUUUGUGCCAAUCCUGCAGAAGCUAUCGAAAAGCUUGCAAAUGAGCAUCUUUCAGUUAUGGCAACUUAUGAUACAAAUAAAUGAAGGUUUGAAAAAUAUAUAUGCGAAGAUACUGACUUAGCCCUCAAGGUCCACAAGCCAAUUUUAGAAUCUGUAUUUAGUAAAUACAGCGGGAAAAAAGGGCUACCAGGCUCAAAGCCUUUUAUGGCUCUUUUAGAAUUCAGGGCUAUUUUCAGUGAUGCACAAAUGGUACAAAGUACGUUUGGGACGAGAGAAAUUGAUUUGUGCUAUAGUCAAGCAAUGAUGACUCAGGUUGAUGAAAUUUAUAAAAAAAAGCACCUUGAAAUGAAUUUUGUGGAAUUUUUAGAAGCAAUUGCAAGGGUUGCUGAUGUGGCAAAUUUGCCUAAAAAGGGUGAAUCAUGAAGUGAUUGCAGCGGCUUAGAGCUCAGAGAAAAAAUAGAAAACACAAUGACGUAUCUUUUACAGUUAUGCCCUUCAUAUAUAAGAGAUAAUUUCAAGUCGCCAACAGCAGAAACAUACAGAAAAUUGAAAUUUAAGCAGCUAAAUAAUAUAUAG